GUACGGGGCCGGGCGUUGGGCAGGUACGGGGCCGGGCGCUGGGCAGGUACGGGGCCGGGCACUGGGCAGGAACAGGGCCGGGCGCUGGGCAGGUACGGGGCUGGGCGCUGGGCAGGUACGGGGCCGGGCGCUGGGCAGGUACGGGGCCGGGCUCUGGGCAGGUACGGGGCCGGGCGUUGGGCAGGUACGGGGCCGGGCGCUGGGCAGGUACGGGGCAGGGCGCUGGGCAGGUACGGGGCCGGGCGCUGGGCAGGUACGGGCCGGGCGCUGGGCAGGUACGGGGCCGGGCUCUGGGCAGGUACGGGGCCGGGUGCUGGGCAGGUACAGGGCCGGGCGCUGGGCAGGUACGGGGUCGGGCGCUGGGCAGGUACGGGGCCGGGCACUGGGCAUGAACGGGGCCGGGCGCUGGGCAGGUACGGGGCCGGGCGCUGGGCAGGUACGGGGCCGGGCGCUGGGCAGGUACGGGGCCGGGCUCUGGGCAGGUACGGGGCCAGGCGUUGGGCAGGUACGGGGCCGGGCGCUGGGCAGGUACGGGGCUGGGCGCUGGGCCGGUACGGGGCCGGGUACUGGGCUAGGGAUGGGGCCGGGUGCUGGGCAGGUACGGGGCCGGGCGUUGGGCAGGUACGGGGCCGGGCGCUGGGCAGGUACGGGGCCGGGCGCUGGGCAGGUACGGGGCCGGGCACUGGGCAUGAACGGGGCCGGGCACUGGGCAGGUACGGGGCCGGGCGCUGGGCAGGUACGGGGCCGGGCGCUGGGCAGGUACGGGGCCGGGCUCUGGGCAGGUACGGGGCCGGGCGUUGGGCAGGUACGGGGCUGGGCGCUGGGCAGGUACGGGGCAGGGCGCUGGGCAGGUACGGGGCCGGGCGCUGGGCAGGUACGGGGCCGGGCGCUGGGCAGGUACGGGGCCGGGCUCUGGGCAGGUACUGGGCCGGGCGCUGGGCAGGUAUAG